AUGAGGACUGAUAGUCUUGAACCAGGACUGAAAAUUCAAUCUAUUAGGGACAAUCGGACAACGUGCAGCAAGGGAAAACCAAUCUUGCCAAAUUCAAUAUGUGCAUUCCCAUUAUGGUCCAACCGUAGAGGGAUUUUUUAUACAUGGACCAACCGUAGAACUGAAGUACGUUUGGAUAGAGCCUUCGCCAACGAGAAUUGGUUUGAUGCAUGGGCAAACUUUGAAUGUCGCACCAUUACUCGUGUUAGUUCUGAUCACUACCCCAUUAUGGUCACCUGCAGAAGGACUCAACAGUCAUAUAGGGCUCCCUUCAGAUUUCAGAGCAUGUGGCUAAAGCAAAAAGAUUUCAGGCCUCUUGUGCAUGAUUUUUGGACAAGUCUAUCGUAUUACGGAUGUCCUAUGUUUGUUCUUUCAUCUAAACUACGAGCCCUCAAAUUUAUGUUGAAACAUUGGAACAAAUCAAUAUUUGGAGAUGUCCACAGCAAUAUGUUAAAUGCAAAAACAGCUCUUGACAGGGUUCAAAGUGAAAUUGAUAUGUUGGGACCCUCUAUUGAGCUCUUCAAGCAAGAGGAUGAGGCCAAUGUUGCUUAUCAAACUGCGUUAUCAAUGCAAGAGACUUUUCUUAGAAGCAAAUCAAGGGUUCGUUGGUUGGCUGAGGGAGAUAGAAAUACUUCUUUUUUGCAUAAACUGGUGAAAGUACAGCGAAUUCGUAACUCAAUGGCAUCUCUUAGAGAGGGUACACAGGUCCUUAAUACUCAUGACCGGAUUGCCACGCAUGUAGUAAAUCAUUUCAAUUCUCUGUUUACUCGAGAUGACGAUCUUAUUGACACUGGUCUGGUUGAGCGAGUUAUACCUGCAUUGGUGACAGAGGAGGAAAAUUUAGCUCUUGCUUUGAUUCCCUCUACAGACGAAAUCCGAUGUGCAGUUAUGAGCUUGGAUGGAUUUAGUGCUCCAGGCCCCGAUGGCUUUAGCGGUGAUUUUUUCCAAGCCUGUUGGGAAACAGUGGCUACUGAUGUCGUUGCAGCAGUUUGCAGCUUCUUUGAGAAUAAGUUUAUUCUUCCCAAUUUUAAUUCAAGCACGAUUAUUCUCAUUCCAAAAAAGGAAGAGGCAGAGGUAGUUUCAGAUUACAGACCAAUAGCUCUAGCCAACUUUGUUUUCAAAGUGAUUACUAAAAUACUUGCAGACAGGCUUGGGCAGAUAGCUUCAAGAAUAAUCUCUCCAAAUCAAAGCGGCUUUGUUAAAGGCCGAAAUAUUGUUGAUCCAAUAACCCUCACUUCAGAGUGCGUUAAUCUAUUGGAUAGAGAGAGUCGUUGGGGUAAUAUUGCUAUUAAAUUUGAUAUAUCCAAGGCGUUUGAUACUUUGGAUUGGGGAUUCUUGUUACGAGUUCUUAAAGCUUUUGGCUUCAGCUCAGUGUUUAUUGACUGGAUUCAUGCAAUACUCAAGUCUGCAAGGCUAUCUGUACAGGUGAACGGGCAAGCUUGCGGUUUUUUUGAAUGCUCGCGUGGUGUUCGACAAGGUGACCCUUUAUCACCGUUAUUAUUCUGCCUAGCUGAAGAAGUGCUUAGUAGGGGUUUGAGCCGUCUUGUUUCAAAGAAGAAGUUCUCUUGCAUUACAGCUCCCAAAAAGUUGUCACCUCCAUCUCAUGUUCUAUUUGCUGAUGACAUAAUGGUGUUUAUGCAGAGUACAUCUCGAGGUAUGAAGGCUCUAAUGAAUUUUAUGAGUGAAUAUGCUUGCAAUUCAGGGCAGGUAGUGAAUAAGCAAAAGUCCUCCAUUUUUCUGGGGAAAUAUGCAAUUCGAAGAAGAAAUUUUAUCAAACGUACUUUGGGCAUCAGUGAAAGCUCUUUUCCUUUCAAUUACUUGGGUGUGCCAAUUUUUCAAGGAUGCCCAAAACCAUGCUAUUUUCAGGCCCUAGCGGACAAGGUACGUUGCAAACUGUCUUCUUGGAAAGGUUUACAAUUGUCUCAAGCUUCUAGACUUCAAUUAAUUAAUUCUGUUGUGCAAAGUCUUCUCACUUAUAGUUUUCAAGUCUAUGAAUGGCCUACCUCUCUGCUAAAGAAGGUUCAAGCUUGGACUAGGAAUUUUUUCUGGUCUGGAGACCCCUUGAAGAGGGGUAGUCCGUUGAUUGCCUGGAAGCUUUGUUGUAUGCCUACUGACAUCGGAGGAUUGGGGUUGAAGAACUUAUUUACUCUUAAUAAAUCUCUUUUGUUCAAACGAUGUUGGGACAUCGUUCAAGCCUCUUCCACAUCUGCAAAUUUCCUCCGAACUAGAUUUUUCAACUCUUCAUUUCAAGUCAAAAAGUGUUAUCAGCGAUCUUCAGUGUGGCUUGGUUUGAAGAAGCUUUGGAGAUCUUUUUAUUCUGGUGUGCAGUGGGUUGUGGGUAAUGGCAAGAGUGUUCUCUUCUGGUCUGAUAAUUGGCUUGGCUCCCCUAUUGCAGAAACCCUGACUAUAAAUAAUGAAGUGGUAGACUUUUUUCAUGAAAAGGUGAGUGAUUAUAUUGUUGACCAGACUUGGUCUUUACCCUCUCAAAUGCAAGUUUUGUUUCCAGAUGUUGCCACGCAGGUUCUGCAAACCCAUCUGCCAACUUUUGAAGCAGAUGAUACUACUGUUUGGGCACAGGCUUCUUCCGGGUUGUUAACGGUCAAGGAGGCUUAUUCAUAUCUCUCUUCUUUUCCUCCUAGUUUGGAUUGGUGUAAGCUGAUUUGGCACAAGGCCAUUCAACCUCGCAAGAGCAUAAUUACAUGGAAGGUGAUGCAUGGGAAACUCCUUUCAGAUUUUGGAUUGCAACGUAGAGGGUAUUCCCUAUGUUCUAGGUGUGAAUUUUGUCAUAAUGAUACAGAGACCAUUGCGCAUAUCUUCCUCAAUUGCAGAUUGGUCAAUGAGUUUUGGGUAUGGGUUUUACAUUUGUUUCGGAUCAAUAUUCAAGCUCCAACAUCGAUCAAUGCAUUAUUAUCUGCAACUUUAACUGUGAGGUUAACUCCAGCAGUUCGAAAGCUAUGGAUAUUUGCCUUCUGCAAUGCAAUAUGGUGUUUAUGGACAAAAAGAAACAAGUUAAGGUAUGAUGGUGGUUCUUUUCAGCUAAACAUUUUCAAGCAUUUCUUUUUACUCUCUCUAAAAGAGUCUGCUUCCCUCUAUUUCUCCCACUUUACAACCUCAGCAGGAGCGCUGCCAGUUUUUAAUUUACUUGGUCUUUCACCUUUGAGGUUAAAAGCUCCAAGGUUUAUCCAAGUUUACUGGCAUCCUCCUUUAGGGGAUUGGUUAAAAGUUAAUACUGACGGUUCUUUCAAGGGACCUCAAGCAGCAGGCUUUGGUGGAGUAUUUAGGGAUUCAGAGGGCUUGUUCAGGGGUGCUUUUGCACAUAGAGUUAUUGUUUCCAGUGCAAUUGAGGCAGAACUUUCGGCGGUUAUGGAAGCUAUAAGGGUGGCCUCAGAAAGGGGCUGGCAGAAACUUUGGCUGGAAACAGACUCUGUUCUAGUAGUCAACUACUUCAAGGCACCUCAGUUGGUUCCUUGGAAGCUAAGAGUGGCAUGGGCUAAUUGUGUGAAAUGUGGGCAACUCAUGCAAUUUAAAGUAAGUCACAUCUACAGGGAAGGAAAUGCAUUGGCUGACAAAUUGGCUGACUUUGGAGCUACCAAUAUGGGUUCUAUUUGGUACAUUAAAGUCCCUUCUUUUGUUACAGGCCUCUAUGGACGAGAUUUGACAUCAGGCACUAACUACCGUUUUAGGUAG